AUGGAGCAGCGGAAAAUUCACGUCGCGACCCCCGAGGCUGGUUUGAUAUUUGGUAAUUCGGUGCUGGUUCCUGAUGACGGCCGCCCCGCUACGCCCCCGAGUGACCUCAUAGAGAUCCAGGUGGUGAAGGUGACCGACACCACGCUGGUCCCCGAGCCGCCGGAGCCAGGCUCUCUCCACUGUGCCUUGUGCCCAGCCGCCUUCCGGCUGGUGUCCGAGCUGCUGUUCCACGAACACGGCCACCUGGCCGGCGCUGAGGGCGGCGGGCAGGGUGGGGACCCGAGUCGCUGUCACGUGUGUGGCCACAGCUGCCCGGGCCCUGCCAGCCUCCGGGCCCACUACAGCCUGCAUACCGGGGAGCGGCCCUACCGCUGCGCCCUCUGCCCCCGGGCCUUCAAGGCCCUGGCGCCGCUGCUCCGGCACCAGCACCGCCACGGGGUGGAGACGGGGCCCGCGCAGAGGCCCCCG